UAGCCUAAGUUUAGAGCCGGCGACACUCCGGCCGAGUUCAGUGCGAAACCACCAUCCUCUCGAAUCACUUAAAUUUCCUCACGUGCUUUCGAUUUCCGAGCGUGGAUCCGCGAAGCAUUUCGAUCCGAGCUCGUCGCGAUCCGGAAGAAAUUCUUGAUAUUUCGCGCCUAAGAGUUUUUUUUUAAAAGAGAAAAAACAGAGGGAUGGCGUACAGCUGGGAUAACCGCGUUAAUUUCAUAGUGAAGUUUCUGUAUGGCAAAGGGAUAUUCAUUAAUAGAAUCCAUAGUUCAAAAGAAGUGCACUUAGACGAACAUCAUCCUGCAGAUAUAGAUGACAAUGGAUAUUUGGACAAGCACGAUUUCGAAUGCAUGGCAUUGAGAAUGACGCUGAUCGAAGGCAAGGGCGAUUUCAAUUACAGUCGAUAUCAAGAAAAUCUCCAUAUCAUGAUGUCCCUGUGGGAAGAGAUAGCUGAUUUGGCGGAUUUCGAUAAGGAUGGCCUUGUAACGAUAGAAGAAUUUAAAAAAGCCGUCCAAAGUAGCUGCGUUGGACGUUCUUAUAAUGAUUUUCCCCAAGCUAUGAAGAUGUUCAUCGAUAGCCAUUUCAAAAUUCUUGACAUGAAUGAGGAUGGUGUAAUCGGCGCCGAAGAAUUUCGAUAUGGCUGCGUUUCGUUAAGGAUCGCAGUGGAUAGCAUAGAUGAUCUCGAUAAAGCUUAUCAAAGCCUUUUGAAUGAUGAUGAUAGAAGGCGCGGCGGAUUGAUUUUAUCACGUUAUCAGGAAUUAUACGCUCAAUUUCUCGGUAAUCCCGACGACAAUUGCCAGGCAAUCUACCUCUUUGGACCGAUAUUUCAAAAAUCGUAACUUGACGCGUUAUUUUUCGAAGGAAUAUAAAUCCUUAUACAAUACUUAUAUGUACAAAAAGACAUACUUGCACAAAAUAUAUUUAAGGCCUAUAUUAAUAAACUUAUUGUGAAAAGUUUGU